AUGUCGGACAACAACGCCUUCAACGCCAAGAUCGAAUACCUCCAAGGUCGCAGUCGCAAGACCAGCCACGAAGUCAACGACUUCGAAGCCUACGCGGACGGCAGCAUGAUAGUAUACUGGCGCUCGUAUAAGAGCAAGCCCGCCAACUACAACCACGAUUCGGAUGUCUCUACAGUUGUAGACGUUAGCAACGCCAUAGAUCUCGUGGAGAACAACGAGAAUGCGAUGGAUCAGAUCAUUUGGGGCAUGACACAUCGCGACGAUGUCCACCCUGGCAUCGCGUCUAUUGUUUCCAACGCGGCGUUGGUCGAUCUCCUGCUAGUACGUCAUUACAAGAAGUGGGGCGGCCUUGUUCUUCCUCCUCUUCAGGCAGCUCGAGGGCUACAAGAUUCCCAAGAGGUUGUCGCCGAGCAAGAGAAGCAGCGGGGACUAACUUGGGCCUCUGGUAGGUCCAUGAUGAAGUACCCUAACUGGCGCGAGACUCGCAGUAAGAUACCGCCUCCUGGCUUUCAGGCUCCUAUUGCUCCGCCUACGGCUGCUCCUGGUCCCCGUGGUGAUGCCGGACGCGGACGAGGUGGAAAUCGUAGUCGUGGAGGCUUUGGCGGUGGGUACUAG